CUCUCUCUCUCUCUCUAGAAACUACACACUCACAAUAUGGGUGUUUUCUCUAUUACUGUUGCAAGUCUUGUACUCUUACUUCUACACCAAGUUCAUGCAAAGAAUAUAUAUAGUUUAAGCAAACAUGGAAAGAAAGGCUGUGAUUUGUUCCAAGGGAAAUGGAUUUAUGACCAUUCUUAUCCUCACUACAAAUCAGGAGACUGUCCAUUUAUAGGGAAGGAAUUUGAUUGCCAAAAGAAUGGAAGACCAGACAACCAAUAUCUCAAAUACAGAUGGAAGCCUUUCGCAUGUGACUUACCAAGUUUCAAUGGAGCAAGUUUUCUAAGAAGGUAUAGACGUAAGCGCAUUAUGUUUGUGGGAGACUCACUGAGCUUGAACCAAUGGCAGUCACUCACAUGCAUGCUUCAUAAGGCUGUACCUGGGACUAAUUUCACCUUAACGAGGAAAGGAGGGGUCUCCACCUUUAGAUUUCCGGCAUAUGAUCUUUCGUUGAUGUACUCCCGCAAUGCCUUUCUAGUUGACAUUGUAAAGACUAAACUGGGGCGAGUUCUGUAUCCUAACUCAAUAUCAAGUGGAAAUACAUGGAAGGGAUUUGACGUAUUGAUCUUCGAUACAUGGCAUUGGUGGCUUCACACUGGGAGAAAAAAACCAUGGGACUUUGUUCGAUAUGGAGGAAAAACAUUCAAAGACUUAAAUCGCAUGGUUGCCUAUGAGAAAGCACUUAUUACAUGGUCCAGAUGGGUAGAAGCUAAUAUCGAUCCAAGAAAAACUAAGGUAUUCUUUCAGGGUGUUUCCCCAGAUCAUAUGAGUCCAAGUGAAUGGGGGGAUCGAAAUGCAAAGACCUGCAGGGGACAAGCCCUACCAGUGCUUAGGGAAAACUAUCCAGGAGGUCCACACCCAGCAGAAGUUGUACUAGAAAGGGUUUUACGUAAAAUGUCAAAGCCAGUUCAUUUGCUCAAGAUAACAACUCUUUCACAGCUAAGAAAAGACGGGCACCCGGCAGACUAUGGCUACGCAGGCCGCCGUGGCAUGGAUUGCACCCAUUGGUGUCUUCCUGGAAUCCCUGAUACUUGGAAUGAACUCUUAUAUGCAGCUCUUAGUUAGAACUAAUUAAGUCAAUUCCUUUUUUUUUGUGUAAACUGAUUAGAAAUAAAUACCUCACCCCUCUCUUGAGGCUCGAAUCAAGGCCCCCAUUCAUCUAUGCCAAACUCACAUUGUGGUUAAGUCAAUUUCUUAUCAAUAAAGUUUAUCUGCUCAAAAGAGAGAAUAUUG